AUGGCGCUGCAGGACAAGGCCCACAUCGACUCCUUGGUCGAACAAUGGCUAGCCGUGGACAUCAAUGAGGCGCUGAGAGCCGAGAUCCAGCGCCUCCACAGCGAGGGCAAUUACAGCGUGCUUGCCGCCAAAAUGACGCCUCGCAUAGCCUUCGGCACUGCCGGCCUCCGCGCGUCCAUGCAGCUGGGAUUUGCGCACAUGAACGACGUCACGGUUUUGCAGGCCUCCCAGGGCCUCGUCAGCUACAUUUUGCAGCACACGCCGGCGUCCGCGGCGUCGCUCGUUGUGGGGUACGACCACCGGCACCACUCACAGCGGUAUGCGGAGAUUACCGCCAGCGUGGCGGUGGCCCGCGGCGUCAAGGUGUACUAUCUAGGUUCUGUAGACACGCUUUCCGAAGAAUUGACUGAAAACGCCGACACAAAACCACCGGGAACUGCCGCCGGCGCGCCCGACCGUCUGUACGUGCACACGCCCUUGGUGCCCUUCGGCAUCGACCACUUCGGCGCGGCCGGCGGCGUCAUGGUCACGGCGUCCCACAACCCGGCACGUGACAACGGGUACAAGGUCUACUACGGCAACGGGUGCCAGAUCAUCCCGCCGCACGACGCGGCCAUCGCGCAGAGCAUCGACGCCAACCUCGCGCCCUGGUCCGACCGCAACGUGUGGGACAUCCGGGGCAACUUUGCCGCGGCCGUCCGCCGCGGCUUGCUCGUGCCGGCCAAGCACAUGCUCUCGCAGAUCUACGUGGACGCCGUGCUCGCGCGGCUCGCGGGCGACCGCAAGGUGUCCUUCGGUUUCGUCUACACGCCCAUGCACGGCGUGGGCGGCGAGAUCUUCGGGCGCGUCUGCGGCGAGAUGGGCGUGCGUUUCGACACGGUGCGCGAGCAGGCGGACCCGGACCCGGACUUCCCGACGGUGCGCUUCCCGAACCCGGAGGAGCACGGCGCGCUUGACUUGGCCAUGGCCCGGGCCCAGGCCCAGGGGCUCAGGUUGGUGGUGGCCACCGACCCGGACGCGGACCGGUUCGCCGUGGCCGUGCAGACCCGGGCGGGCGCGUGGCGCCAGUUGACGGGCAACGAGGUCGGCACGCUCUUCGCCGCGUACGUGGUGGAGGAGCUCGUGCGCAAGGACCAGUUGGCCCGCACGUGCCUCGUCUGCUCCACGGUGUCGUCGCAGAUGCUCCGCGCAAUGGCCGCCGCGGCCGGGUGCCGCUUCCAGGACACCUUGACCGGGUUCAAGUGGAUCGGCAACGAGGCCAUUGCCUUGAAGGCCGCGGGGUACGCGGUGCCGUUCGGCUACGAGGAGGCCAUCGGCUACAUGUUCCUGCUCGUCAACGACAAGGACGGCAUCUCCGCGUGCGUGGUGUGGAUGCGGCUCUACGAGCGGUGGUUCGCCUCGGGCUCUACCGACCCGUUGGAGAAGCUCGAGCGCCUCUACGCCACGUACGGCUGGUUCAAGGAGUGCAACGGCUACUACAAGCUCGACGACGUGGCGACGACCGCCCGCAUCUUCGAUGGCCAGAUCCGCGCGUCCUACGACGCCACCUGCGACUACCCGCGCACGCUCGGCGCCUUCAGCGUGCUCGAGUGGCGCGACCUCACCGUGGGCUUCGACUCCUCCACGCCGGACCGCCGGCCGGUGCUCCCCACGGACGCCAGCGCCCAGAUGAUCACGGCGGUGCUCCGGCUUGCGGGUGCCCCGGGCGAGCCCGACGGCGACACUGUCCGCUUCACAUGCCGCGGCUCCGGGACAGAGCCGAAGUUGAAGGUCUACAUCGAGGGCCUGUCGAGAGCGAGCGGCGAGCGCGCCCUGGCGUUGGCGAGAAAGUGCUGGGACACCUUGCGGGAAGAGUGGUUCAAGCCUGCCGAGAACGGGUUGGAGGAGGUGUUGUGA